AUGAUCAAAAUGAGAUGGAGUCCUGCAAGUGCAAAGACAGCUCAAGCCUAUGCCAACACGUGCUCAGACGGAGCAUCUGGUCAGGGAAAUGUCGGAGAAAAUAUUUAUUUGGAUUGGAGUGAGAAGAAUCCCUCGAGUCUUGAUAAAUAUGGAAUAAAUGCAGCUGUUUCAUGGAGUGAACAGUUUUCCUACUUCGGUUGGUCUUCCACUUAUCUUGAUAAGGAAACUUUGGAAUCUGGAAUCAAAGACGCCAUUCAAAUGGUUUGGGCAAAAACUGGUUAUGUUGGGUGUGGAGUCAAAAAUUGUGGGCCGGAUCCGAUGAGCUUACAAAAUAAUGGGGAAAUGUGUUGGAUGAGGAUAUUUACGAAGAGGGCGAGAGUUGCUCGAACUGUCCUGGAAACAGGGUGUGUGAGGAUGAGACCGGACUUUGUGCGUGAAGCAACUCCACUUCAACAUUUGGCUAAACUCGAAAACAUUCUUUAUGUAUAA